AUGUUAACCGAGAAUGCGGAUGUGGCAUAUCGUACGUCCGGAGAGCCCUUGGUGGACCUCUUCUAUGAGCUAGAGGACGUCAUCUCCAGUAGACGUCUCCGCCAAGUGCUUGAGAGAGCGUGGGACAAAGACAGCGAGGCAACAUUGAAGAUUAUCUGGAAUGCUCGGUCCAUCCAUCUCGGCAAAAGCUCGCGUGGCACCUUCUAUAGGGCGGUUGGGUGGCUUGCUCAAGAACACCCAGCUACUCUGCUGGUCAAUUUGCCUUGGCUUGUGCGUCCACUCAUACCCAAGAAGGCGCCCAAAGCAGAGGAUGCGGAACGCAAGAAGGGCACCGGCGAAGUCGGCGAUGACUUCGAGCUCAUCGACAGCGGUCCUGAGCCGGAGAGUCAACCGGAAACAAAGAGGCUGAAGCUUGACGACGAGGCCAAGCUCAACGAGUUCGACAUCAAGUAUGGCGUGGCACACGGUUACUGGAAAGACCUGCUCAACAUCCUUGUAUUGGCGGUCAACGGUGAGCUGAAGGUUGAUGGUACGCCGAGCAAAGUGCUGAACGUAAAGGCGCCGGAGCCAUACAAGCGUGAGUGGACCAAAGGAGGCAACAAGAAGCUUCGGACCGCGAAGCGCCACGACUAUGCCGUCAAGAAGCUCGACAGCGAUCAUGUCUACAAAGCCUUGCACCUGUCUGUGGCCCGUCUGUUUGCGGCACAGCUGAAGCUUGACACAUCUCGCCUGAACUCUGGUGACAGAGCGGAGAUCAAGAAGAUCACCUUGGCUGGGAAAUGGGCUCCCUCGCCGGAAGAGAUGCACGAUCAGCACACCUGCAUUGUGAGCUCCAUCGCCGAGGCGCUCUACACAUUCGACCAGAUUUGUCCGACGACUGUCAAAGCCGGCGAUCGCACCACCUACCUCAAAUAUGCACGUGAGGCGUACCGCUUCAAGACACUGUCACCGCUGCGUAAGCACCUCCAGAUCGUCGAGCGUCCCAUCUCCGCCAAGGCUUUCGGCGAGAUCAAGUACGAUCAAGUGCCGUCACUCGCUAUGGCGCGAUAUUCGUCACUCUUCGCAAAGAAGGAUAGCGAGCGCUUCGACAAGUACAUCACGGAUGUCGCCGAGGGCAGGUCCCAGAUCUCUGGUGCUACAUUACUCCCUUCGACGAUAGUGAAGGACGCCCGCCACUCCUUCGGUGCACCUGGUGCGUCCAAAUCAAAGAGCAUCAAUGCACUUGUUGGCGCAAAGCUCAAUCAGAUGAAGAUGAAGGUCAGCAACGGCCAAUGGAACACCCUCGUACAACGCAUCAGAGACAACGGCACUCUCUCCUCCUCUAUUGCCGUCUGCGAUGUCUCUGGCUCUAUGAGCUAUCCUGUCUUCGCUGAUGGCACCUGCCCUAUGGAUUCCGCCAUCGGACUCUCACUCCUCCUUGCUGAAGUGACCCAGCCACCGUUCGGCGGAGCUUGUAUCACCUUCAGUGCGAACCCAAAGGUCGUGCGCGUUGGUGGGCCAGAUGACAAACGCACUUUCGAGGAGAAGGUCAAGUACAUGUGUGGCACUGAGUGGGGGAUGAACACCGAUUUUGUCGCCGUCUUCGAGCAGUUAAUCCUGCCUAUGGCGCUCGAGCAUGAGUUGAAGCCAGAGGAGAUGGUCAAGCAGGUCUUUGUGUUCAGCGACAUGCAGUUCGACCAGGCAACGGCCAACUCCUUCAUGCGAGAUUCGAGCGCCUGGAGUACUUCGUACAAACGCAUUCAGAGGGGGUUCAAGAAGCAUGGCUACCAGAUGCCACGUUUGAUCUUCUGGAACCUCGCCGGUGACGAGACUGCUCCCAAGCCUGUCACUGCUGCGGAAGUGGGUACGGCGCUUGUCAGUGGGUACAGUCAGGGCCAGCUGAAAAUGUUCCUCGACAACGGGCAAUUUGAGGACCCCGAUGCGGAGGAGACCGUGGAAGAUAUGGAUGUUGAGGAAGGCGGCGAAGUUGUGGUGGAGAAGAAGGUAAAGAAACAGGAUCCACUAGGUGUCGUUAGGAAGGCGAUUUCGCAUCAGGCGUACCGUAUGCUAAAGGUUGUGGAUUGA